AUGGAAACGGUCGUGGAUCGGAGAGUGAUCAGACAUUUUGUGCACCGAAAGAAAACCAAUACGAUCAAAAAUCUAAUCAACAAAUUACCGUAUUAUCACCAACGAUUUGCACAGCAGUUAUCUCAAAAACCAUUGCACAGAACUUCUCAUGGCUUUUGGGAUCCAUGUAUUUCUUGGCUUUAUCCAUAUUUACAAAAAACGCAACAAAAACGCAAAGGAGGUCAAAUUCGAUUCACUAAUGAACAGACGGAUGCUCUUGAGAGCAAAUUUUACUCACAUAAAUACCUAAGUCCACAAGAACGAAAGAAAUUGGCGAAAUCGUUGAGUCUCAGUGAACGUCAGGUGAAGACAUGGUUUCAAAAUCGGCGUGCAAAAUGGCGACGUGUUCGAAAAGACGGCGAAAAUGACGAAGAUACUUCAACUACUGACAGAACAACGACAAGAAUCGUUGUCGAUUCACCGACUAAUCAGAAUUUUUACUUUUCGAACAGAUUUUCUUAA